CGAAGUGUACGUCAGUGCUGACCUGGAAGUGUACAUCUCAAUGUGACUUCCCAGUUUGGCAAAUACAGUAGACUAAUGCUUCAUUAUUACCUACUAAAAUAACAGGUCUUGCUAAUUUGUUGGUGAAAAAUGUUCCUUACCUCUGUAAACUUGGCCAAGGCAAAAUCAAAGAACAUCCUGGUGCAGAUGGUGAGUGCUGCGGGCUCAGGCUUCGUCUUCAACACAAAGAGAAGCCGUAUUAAAGAUAAACUGGUACUCCUCAGACAUGAUCCAAUUGUGAACAAGCAUGUCCUGUUCUUUGAGAAGAGGAAGAUCAGAUCCAUCUAAACAUGAAGUGGAAUACACGGACAGUUAUUCUGUACUAUUUCAAACUGACAUUGUCAUAUUUGUAGGCUGGAAGAGAAGAUGUCUGUGCUGGGUUUUAUACGACCACUCUACAACCCGACUCCAAAAAUAAAAACACCACAAAAGA